UAAAUAUAAAUAUAUAAAAAAGAGUUUUCCUCUCUGUUUUCUUUGUUCUUGAAAAUCUAGAGAGAGCAAUAAAGUCUAUGAAUGAUGGUAGUUGUUGAUUGUUUAUAACCUUCCCAAGUUUUUAUUUUUAUAUUCUCUCUCUCUUUCUUAUAUCAUUUCUUUGAGGACUACUAGAAUUGUCUGUCUUUGGGCUCUUUUUUCGUUGAAGAUGGAGACUUUCUGAUCCUGUGAGAGAAAAGAGAGAGGAGGGGGUGGUGGUGGUGGUGGGGGUGGGGAAGAGAGAGAAAAUAUGGGGGCAUGUGUAUCAACACCAGAAGGGUGUGUAGGUGGAAGAUUGAGGUCUAAGAAGAAGACACGCAAGAAGAGGAAAGGGAUCAGAAGAAGAGUGUCAUCUAGAUUAUCUGAUGGAUCACUGGAUAAUAAUAAGUUUGAUAGGCCUCUUUCUUCUGUUUCUGCUGCUGCUGUUCCACCUGAUCAUCGCUCUUCCUUCUCUAACACCACCUUUCAAGCAGGAAGUAUUGAGGAGGCAUGGUUUGACUCGGUUCCAAUAUUUGAAUCUGAUUGUGAGGAAGAUUUUGAAAGUGUUCCAGAUGAUGUGUUAUCGUUAAACGGUUCUGAAGGCUUACCACCAUCAAGUAUUGCAUUUAGCAGAGAUGCAAAACAUGGAGAUCAUACUAUUGGUUUCCAGUAUACCUCUUCAGGUGAUCAUAUGAAGAAGGCAGGGGAUUCAUCAGCAGGAAACUCUGCUCGGAACUCUGUGAGUGAGGCUGCUAGACAUCCAAAUAAUCAGGUCUUCAACUCAGAUUAUGCAGAUUCCCUACCAAAAUCUGAGGGACCUUCACAACCAGUCUUCCUUGAUGAAAUUGCGUCAUCUGUGGAUGAAAAUGGUGGCAAGGGGGAAGGAUUAUUAGAUAAUUGUGGAAUUCUUCCAGCCAACUGUUUGCCUUGUCUUGCUUCAACUGUUCCACCAGUUGAAAAGAGACGAUCUCUAAGCUCUAGUCCACCAAGUGCAAGGAAAAAGGCUGCCUUAAAACUCUCAUUCAAAUGGAAGGAAGGGCAUCCUAACAAUGCUUUAUUUUCUUCUAAGCCAAUUCUGCAGAGGCCAAUAGCUGGUUCGCAAGUCCCAUUUUGUCCAAUAGAUAAGAAAAUGCUUGAUUGUUGGUCACAUAUAGAACCGAGCAGUUUCAAAGUCCGGGGACAGAACUAUUUCAGGGACAAAAAGAAGGAAUUUGCUCCUAACUAUGCUGCAUACUAUCCAUUUGGGGUUGAUGUAUUCUUAUCACCUCGAAAAGUUGAUCAUAUUGCUCGGUUUGUGGAGCUCCCUGCUGUUAACUCUUCUGGAAAGCUUCCAAAUAUACUUGUCGUAAACGUUCAGAUUCCAUUGUAUAAUGCCGCAUUUUUUCAAAGUGAAAUAGAUGGAGAAGGAAUGAGUUUUGUUUUGUAUUUUAAGCUUUCUGAGAGUUACUCAAAGGAAGUUCCAACCCUAUUUCAAGAAAGUAUCAGGCGGUUAAUUGAUGAUGAAGUUGAAAAAGUCAAAGGGUUCCCUGUAGAUACAAUUGUACCCUUUCGAGAAAGAUUGAAGAUAUUGGGUCGAGUAGUAAAUAUAGAAGAUCUUCAUUUAAGUGCUGCAGAGAGGAAACUUAUGCAGGCAUAUAAUGAGAAACCUGUUCUGUCACGUCCUCAGCAUGAGUUUUACUUAGGAGAAAGAGAAACCUACUUCGAAAUUGACAUAGACAUGCAUAGAUUCAGUUACAUCUCUAGGAAAGGUUUUGAAGCAUUCCUAGACAGACUUAAGAUUUGUGUCCUGGAUGUCGGCCUCACAAUACAGGGCAACAAAGUGGAGGAGUUGCCGGAGCAGGUCUUAUGUUGUGUAAGGUUAAACGGAAUUGACUACAUGAAUUACCGUCAACUAGGGUUAAACCAAGAGUUCUUUGAAGCUCUAAGUACUUAAAUGAUGUAACAACAAUAUUAAAUAAAGGCUAAUUUUCAGAGAAAUUUCUGUUCCAGCAUUUGUCCAGUCCUGUAACACAUCUUUAUAGCUACAAAGGAAAAGUACCCAAUAGCAUUUAUGUACCACACUUGCAUACAAAUCUAACAGAACCAGUUCCAUGUCUAAUUUGAUUGUUUAAUUGUACUGCCUUCAUACUAAUUUAGUCCUGACUGUAGCAUAUGAUAUAAAUUAUGGAAUGAAAUCAUGAUCAAGUUUCAUUAUUA